AUGAAUUUAGAAUAUUACCAACAACAACAACAACAGCAGCAGCAACAACAGCAGAGCUUCAUGUCGUCCUCUCCCAUGGUGGUAACACCUAGGAAGGAACUGUUGUCUUCGAACACCAGAACAAAAAGGCGGUUUUCAAGCGACGACGAGUCCAGUCCUAGUUUUAGAGCACCUAAUAGGUAUCUCCAUGACCACGAGGGAAUGCAGGUUGACGACGAUGCAGGAGUAGCACCACAGAGAAAAAGAAUCAACAACACAAACAUACCUCUCAAAGACCUCGAGAAACUUAAGCAUGAAUAUCCAACGUUUGCACAUCCAGAUGGCGGAUUUAUUCAAUUUUCGCCUUAUGGCAACAUCAGGACGGAGAUCACGGAUGACAACGUUGAGGUGUCGACUUUAGAACAGAACUCAACUUUCGACCUUUCCAACUCAAGAGCAGGUAUAGAUGGGUACACUCUGUAUAACUGUCUCACUCCUCAACAACAACGUCAAAAUGCAAAUGCAAUCGGAAAUUUGCAACAUUUGACGCCAUCCAACGAGGUGGAAGGAUACAUGUACAAUGGGUAUCAGAACGUGGUGAGUCCAAACCAGUCGUACUAUCAUCAAGACAACGAAGAUUAUACUGCAUCGAGGCUUAAUUAUUUCUUGGCUGAAGACGAUGACGACGACGAGGACUUCUGA